AUGGAGCAGUUGGGACGUGAGGAGCAAGGAAGGAUUUGGUGCAUGGAUUCAGCUUGGCCGCACACUCUUAGGAUGAAGAAGGAAGCCGUCUUGAAGUUAGCUCGUCCCAUUCACUCGACCAACCUGUCAAGUUCGCCAACUCGACCGGCCAAGGACAACUCGAUCGAGCUGCAGGAGUCAAAGUGCAUGCAAACUCGAUCGAGUCAAACAACUAAAGACUUGGUCGAGCUAGAUUUCACCACGGGCAGAAAACAAAGUCAGAGGACUCAGAGGGUACAAGAAGAACCAGAGGUGGUAGUUACUGAAGCCAUGAACGAUCCAGAGGGUAAUGGAAACCCUUUGGGUAACGGACUCGGUCGAGCUAAACAGACUCGACCGAUUGGGCUAGGAGAUGCUCCAAACCGCCAUCAACUGAGGCAAGGAAUUGUCCCACCACCUGUCCAAAACCACAACUUUGAGAUCAAAUUGGGCAUGAUCAACCUUGUGCAGAACAAGAUGUUCCAUGUAUUGCCAAGUGAACACCCAAUUGAUCACUUAAAUAAGUUUGAUAGGUUGUGUGAUUUGACUAAGAUCAAUGGUGUCUCUGAAGAUGCCAUCAAGCUGAGACUCUUCCCCAUGUCUCUUGCUGACAAGGCACACCAAUGGGAGAAGAGCCUGCCCCAUGGCACAAUAACCACUUGGGAUGAGUGCAAGAAGGCAUUUCUUGCUAAGUUCUUUUCAACCGGUCGAACCGCCAAGCUAAGGAGCGAGAUAUCAGGCUUCAUUCAGAGGAACAAUGAGACUUUUUCUGAAGAUUGGGAAAGAUUCAAGGGGUACACCAGUCAAUGCCCUCAUCAUGGUUUUAACAAUGAGUCAUUGCUCUCUACUCUCUAUAGAGGUUGUUUGGCAAGUUAUGGAGAAGAGUAUGAUCACACCAACCGGAGCUUGACCCACCACUCGAUCGAGUCAGACGAGAAAUUGAGAAAGGAGGUCAAGUCGUUGAAUGAGAAGUUGGACAAGCUUAUCUUAGCUCAGUCCACAAUGAAGAAGGUCAAUUUUGUGUCUGCUGAAGAGAUGGAACCUGUUCAAGAAGGGGAGGAUACACAAUAUGCUGAAGUUUGUUACAUGAGCAAUGGGCAAGGAGGUUACAACAAAGGAUAUUACAACUACAAAGCCAACCCAACCAUGUCUUACAGAAACACUAACUUUGCCAACCCACAAGAUCAGGUUUACCCUCAACAACAACAAGCUCGAUCGUGUCAAGCUCCUCCACAAGGGUAUGGACAGAAAAAUAACUGCCAAGGCCCUCAAGGAACCUUUCCUGGACAGCAAAUGCACAUACCAUCUGGAUUUCCCCACCAACCACCCCAGCCUGCGCCUAACCAAGAGCAUGAGCUCAAGGCUAGGUUGAAGCAAUUGCUCCAAGGUCAAGCUGAGGAGCAUGGAAGGACUUGGGCAUGGACGCAGCUCAACUGGAUACGCAAAGGAAGAAGGAGGAAGCCAUCUUGA